AUGAACAACAAUCUCGCUUCUCAUCAAGCCAGAGUUGAGACGAAAACGAUGGAUUUGAGGGUAGGGAAGAAAUAUCGCAUUGGCCGGAAAAUUGGUUCUGGAUCCUUCGGUGACAUUUAUUUGGGAACAAAUAUCAUAUCUGGAGAGGAAGUCGCAAUCAAAUUAGAGAAUGUGAAAGCGAAACACCCACAAUUGGAGUACGAAGCCAAGGUUUACAAGGCCUUAAGUGGCGGUGUCGGAAUUCCUUUCGUCAGAUGGUACGGAACAGAAUGCGACUACAACGCCAUGGUAAUCGACCUUUUGGGUCCAUCUUUAGAAGAUCUAUUCAAUUACUGCAACAGGAAGUUCACGUACAAGACUGUGUUACUUUUGGCAGACCAGCUUAUUUGCAGAAUCGAAUACAUUCAUGCAAGGUGUUUCAUUCACAGAGAUAUCAAACCAGAUAAUUUUUUAAUGGGAAUUGGAAGGCGAGGCUCUCAAGUCAAUGUCAUUGAUUUUGGCUUGGCAAAGAAAUACAGAGAUCCAAGAACCCACUUACAUAUUCCUUACAGGGAGAACAAGAACUUAACUGGUACUGCAAGAUAUGCCUCCGUGAAUACACACUUGGGAAUAGAGCAAUCUAGAAGAGAUGAUUUGGAGAGUUUGGGCUACGUCUUGAUAUACUUUUGCAGAGGUUCCUUGCCAUGGCAAGGAUUGAAGGCUGCUACAAAGAGGCAAAAGUAUGAUAGGAUUAUGGAAAAGAAGAUGACGAUUCCUAAUGAUGUGUUAACGAAAGGGUUGCCUGGCGAGUUCUUAGAAUACAUGAAUUAUGUCAAGAAUUUGAGGUUUGACGACAAGCCAGACUACCCUUACUUGAGAAAGUUAUUCAGAGAUUUGUUCAAGAGAGAAAACUACAGGUACGAUUAUGUGUUUGACUGGACCUUGUAUAAGUUUCAGCAGGAAAGGCAGAGGGAGCAGUACAAGAUAGGUGAUGGCCAAAAUGACCCUCACCAAGCUAAUCAGCAAUAUCAAAAUCAAAACCAGCCGCAACAACAACAACAUCAAAUACAACAACAGCAGCAACAACAGCAACAGCCAUCACCACAACAACAGGAAAACCCUAAUCAACUAUCUCAGCAGCAUCUGUCUCAAAAGCAACAACAACAGGUAUCUAAUCCACUAGCUGUUCAGUCAUCUCAACAAGUCCCAGCUUCACUCGUGCAACCUUCCCAGCAACAGGGCUUCCACCGCCAGGUUCAAGGUGAAGGAAGUAUGCCGUUAAACAGGUUCAAUGACGGUCUUUACCAGCAAUCAUUUGAACAAGGAGAUGUACAGAAAGGAAACAAAAAUCCAAACCCAACCUGGAUUUGA